CGCAGAUGGCUGGAGUUGCGCGGCACCAAGUACAUGUGCCAGGAGGGCGGCUGCGGCGCCUGCGUCGUCAGCGUGGUCAAGCACCCUGGCGCUCCCACUGAAGCUGUUAAUGCUUGUUUAGUAUCAGUGACGUCAUGCCACGGCUGGGAGAUCACUACCAUCGAGAAGAUCGGCAACAAGCUGGUGGGGUACCACCCCCUACAGAAGGCUCUCUAUGAGAACAACGGAUCGCAGUGUGGAUAUUGCAGCCCUGGAUGGGUUAUGGCUUUGUAUAGCCUCCUAAAUAAGAAGAGUAUGACAAUGCUGGAAAUAGAACAAUCGCUAGCAAGCAAUGUCUGCAGAUGUACUGGAUACAGACCUAUAAUAGAAACAUUCAAGAAGUUUGCCAAAGAUUCUCCUGAUCCUUAUCCCAUACUUGAUAUAGAAGACUUGAGCAUUUGCAAGAAGACAGGUGAAAUCUGCUCCAAAACCUGUGAUGAGUCAGAAUGGUGCGUUGUAUCUAAAGACGAUGUUAAUGUUAAACAAUCCAGUGUAAUUCAUAUCAGAUUGAGUGAUAACAGAGACUGGUAUAGAGUUGAAGAUAUUACUGAUGCGUUUAGAAUUCUUGAUGGUCAAGGAACUGACUCGUAUAUGCUGGUAGCUGGAAAUACUGCUAAAGGUGUAUAUCCCAUAUUGGAAUACCCUCGUCUUCUAAUAGAUAUCUCAGCUGUAGCAUCUCUGAAAGGUUACUACAUGGACCAGAACCUUGUACUGGGUGCUGGGAAUACGUUAACUGAUGUUAUGGACAUAUUUGACGAUGUAGCUAAAACUGAUUACUUCAAAUAUUUAGCAACAUUCAAUGAUCAUCUGAAAUUGGUUGCGCAUAUACCUGUUAAGAAUAUUGGAACAGUAGCUGGAAAUCUAAUGAUAAAGAACAGACACAAUGAGUUCACGUCUGAUGUUUUCUUGCUAUUCAAUACAGUAGGAGCUGAACUAAGCAUCUUAAAUGACCGCGGCAAGGUCAAUAAGAUAAGUAUGCAGCGGUUUUUAAAAGAAGACAUGAAAGGAAAGGUUAUCCUUAAUGUUCUGUUACCUCCAUUGAACGAUCAAAACAAAAUUGUAACUUAUAAGAUAAUGCCUCGAUCCCAAAACGCCCACGCUAUCGUACAUGCUGGGUUCUUAUACAAAAUAAAUACCUAUGACAAUAAAGUAUCAGAUUGUCGUAUUGUAUAUGGCGGUCUAUCUACAGCAUUUAUCCGAGCAAAUCUAACUGAAAGAUAUCUCAUUGGUAAGAAACUGUUCACAAAUGAGACGCUACAAGGUGCAAUUAGUGUGCUGGAUAAAGAAAUGGUUGUGACUGAGAAUCCUCCUGAACCGUCUGUGGGCUAUCGCAGGAAGUUGGGUUUAGGUCUGUUUUAUAAGGGCUUACUGUCACUCUGUCCACCAAAUACAUUGGCUCCUAAAUAUAGAUCAGGAUCUGUUAGAGUUCGGGAAUCGCGAGGAUUAUCUGAUGGAAGACAAAUAUUUGAUACAAACCCAUCGCUGUGGCCACUGAACCAGCCUUCUCCGAAAUUUGACGGUCUGGUACAAUGCGCAGGUGAGGCAAAAUACACGGAAGAUAUUCCAGCUCUUCCAAAAGAAGUAUUCGCUACUUUCGUACUAAGUACUGUGGGUUUGGGAACAAUUAAAAAGAUCGACGCCAGUAAAGCAUUAGCAGAACCAGGUGUAAUAGCCUUCUAUAGCGCUUCAGACAUACCUGGUCAAAAUAGUUUCACACCAGCGCCAAGUACGUUCUACACGGCCAACGAAGAAUUUCUAUGUGAAAGAGACGUAAAAUAUUACAACCAACCUGUUGGAAUCAUCGUUGCUGACACACAACAAAUAGCUGAUAGAGCCGCGACUCUCGUCAGAGUUACAUACACUAAUGUUAGGAAACCAGUACAAGAUGUUAAAGUAGCUAAAAACGAUACAAAUCGGAACACACUAGUCUCAUCUUCAAACGCAACUAAAACAGGGAACGAUGUAGUGAAAGUUAUAAGAGGAGAAAAUACGUCUCGAGGACAGUAUCAUUUCUGUAUGGAGACACUCGUUUGUGUAGCACAUCCUACUGAAGAUGGGCUUAGAGUUUAUCCGGCGACACAAUGGAUAGAUGCAGUCCACAGAGUGGUAUCGAGAGUAUUGAAUAUUCAACAAAAUAAGAUAGAUGUUGCCGUAAGUAGAUUGGGUGGUGCUUACGGAUUAAAAAUAUCACGAUCCAAUCAAGUCGCAGCAGCUUGCAGUUUGGUGUCACAUAAAUUAAACAGGCCAUGUCGGUUCAUUCAAUCACUGCGAACUAAUAUGCGAGCUGUUGGCAAAAGAUUUCCCUGUUCUACAUCCUUUGAGGUCGGUGUUAAUGCACAAGGAGCCAUACAGUACAAUAAUUAUAACCUUUAUGAGGAUAACGGGUACAUUGUAGACGAGCCACUAACAAUGCUUGGUGUUGACGUAUUCUAUAAUUGUUACGAUAAAGCUGCUUGGAAUUACAAAUCAUACGAUACUAUCACAGAUUCGACCUCUCAUACAUGGUGUAGGUCACCAGGAUCUUUGGAAAAUAUUGCAAUGGCGGAACUUUUGAUGGAAAGAAUAGCAUAUGAAAUGAAUCUUGAUCCACUGAACGUUCGUCUCGCCAAUUUGGACACAGAAAAGCAUAAUGAUAUCAAUGAACUGCUGACCACUCUGAAAAAUAAUUCCCAAUACGAGGACAGAAAAGUUGCCGUUGAUAAAUUUAAUUCUGAGAAUAGAUGGAAGAAGAGAGGAUUGAGACACGCAUUCUUAAGAUGGACUCCAGCUGGAUCGCAAUAUUUUGAAGUGAAUUUAUCAGCUUACUUCGAUGACGGUACGGUUGUUGUUACACAUAGCGGAAUCGAGAUGGGUCAAGGUGUUAAUACCAAAGCUGCUCAAGUGUGUGCCUACUACCUCAACAUUCCUGUAGAAAAAGUACAAAUUAAACCUAACGAUAAUGUUAUAUCACCAAAUGCGUUUGCGUCAGGUGGAAGCAUAACUUCUCAGAAUGUGGGAAUUGGUAUUCAAAGAUGUUGCGAGCAAUUGCUAAAUAGACUAGCACCUAUUAGAGCGCAAAUGGAUAAUCCAACAUGGGCAGAAUUGAUAAGAAAGGCGUAUGACAAUGAAGUGGAUUUGCAAUGCCACGCUAUGACGGGUAUGGCUGAUGUACAAAAUUACAAUAUAUAUGGAAUAACACUUGCAGAAGUUGAGAUUGACGUAUUAACAGGAGAGUGGAAUAUAAUACGAGUUGAUUUGAUAGAGGAUGUUGGUCGGAGUGUGAAUCCUGAACUUGACGUUGGUCAGGUUGAAGGUGCAUUUGUAAUGGGCUUAGGGAUGUGGACUAUGGAAGAAUUAGUAUAUGAUGACACUGGAGAACUGCUCACAGAUCGAACCUGGACCUACUGGGUACCACAAGCGAGGGAUAUACCACAGGACUUCCGGAUAUAUUUUAGAAAGAAAUCCUUUAGUAAUGACGUUAUUCUUGGAGCUAAAGCUACUGGAGAGCCAGCUACAUGUAUGGGGGUAGUUUUGCCUAUCACGAUGAGGGAAGCCAUCGUGGCGGCCAGGCUGGACACUGGGUUGCCUAGCAACCAGUGGUUUGAUAUAGAUGGCCCAUACACUGUGGAGAAAAUAUGUGUGUCGUGUGCUACCAGGAAAGAAGAUUUUAAAUUUUAUUAAUGGAUU